AUGAGUAAGGGUUCCACUCUGCAAUGCUCACUUUUUCCCUUCUGGGUUCCCUUGUUGCUGCUUGCUAGCUUCACUUAUGCUCCUUCUGUUCUGGCCACAACUGAAAUUUCAGGGAAAGAAGUGAACACAGAUGGGGGUGCUGUCAAUGGAGAGUUUGCAAAACCAAGUCUUGAAAGACACGAUGAAGAAGCAAAAUUCAAAGGAUUUUUUCCAAAACCAAUUCCAAUAGUUAAGCCUAUUCCAAAGCCAAUUCCUGUUGUUAAGCCUAUUCAUAUCCCAGUAUAUAAGCCAAUACCAAAACCAGUCCCCAUUGUUAAGCCAAUUCCUAUUCUUAAACCUGUUCCAAAGCCAAUUCCAAUUGUUAAGCCAAUUCCUGUUCUUAAACCUGUUCCAAUUGUUAAACCAAUUCCUAUUCUUAAACCUGUUCCAAUUGUUAAGCCAAUUCCUAUUCUUAAACCUGUUCCAAAGCCAAUUCCCAUUGUUAAACCAAUACCGAAACCAUUUACAGUGAAAAAGCCUAUCCCUGCAGUUGAGUCACAGGAAUUUUUGAAACCAAAGCCUAUUCAUAAACUACCACUUCAUCACAAAUUCAAGAAACAACUUCUGCCACCAUUGCCAAUUCACAAGCCAAUCCCAACUCCAUGA